AUGUCUGAAGUCGAUACACUUGCUGACUCCGUGGCUGCGACCACUCUGACCGAUAAGCCCGAAAUCAACGGUGCUACCCCUUCCACUCAGGCAGCUGAUGCCGCGGCUGCCAGUGCAGAUGAGGGUCGUCGUCUUUACAUCGGGAAUCUCGCAUACGCGACAACCGAGGACGAGCUUAAGGAGUUCUUUAAGACCUACACUAUUGAGACCACCUCGAUCCCGGUGAACCCCCGCACCAACCGUCCCGUUGGCUAUGCAUUUGUGGAUAUCGCCACCGCCCUUGAAGCUGCUGCUGCUAUCGAGGCCCUUUCUGGCAAGGAGAUUCUUCAGCGCAAGGUGUCCGUGCAGCUUGCCCGCAAGCCCGACAUCGCCGAGCCCAAGGAAGGUGCUGUCAGUGGUGGUGAGGGUGCCGAGGCUCGCAAGCGUGCUGCUGGUCGCGGCCGUGCCCGUGGCCGUGCCCGCGGUCGUGGUGGCCGUACCGGCCGUAGCCAUGCUGUAUGUGCCAAAUAUCUUUCCUUGCUUGAAUCUACGCAUAUCGACACUUUGAAAUGGAUGCUGACACUCCCGAAGGCCCAGGAAGGCCAGGAAGCCACCGAGGCCCCUGCCAGCGAGACUCCUCUUGCUGACACCACCAACGAUAAGGAUACUGGCUCCAAGGCUGGUGACGCCCGCGCCGCACGCCCCCAGAAGCAGCGCGGUCCUCCCGAGGAUGGCAUUCCUUCUAAGACUAAGGUCAUGGUUGCCAACCUGCCGUACGACUUGACCGAGGACAAGCUCAAGGAGAUCUUCGCCGCCUACGAGCCCGUCUCUGCCAAGGUCGCCCUGCGUCCCAUCCCCCGUUUCAUGAUUAAGAAGCUGCAGGCUCGCAACGAGCGCCGCAAGACUCGUGGCUUCGGCUUCGUCAACCUUGCCUCCGAGGAGCUCCAGGCCAAGGCCGUCAGCGAGAUGAACGGCAAGGACAUUGAUGGUCGUGUCAUCGCCGUGAAGGUCGCCAUCGACAGCCCGGGUAAGGAAGAUGAUGAUAUUAACGCUGUGGCUGAGACUGAGGAGACUGCUGCUCCUGCUUCUGAUGCUGCCUCUGCUCCUGCUGCUGCUGCUCCUGCUGCUGCUGCUCCUGCUCCUGCUCCUGCUGCUGAUGCGGCUGGUGCGGCUGAUGCUCCCGCUCCUGCUGCUGCCAAGGAGAACACUGCUCCUUCCGUCCCCACUGAGGCUUAA